UAACAAAAAAAAAGACUUCGAAGUUUCCUUUUAAGAGAUCCCAUGGAACACGUAAACGGUCCCAUGCGGACCACGCUGUCUCUUUUUCUCUCUCUCGUCACUACGUAAAGGCACAAACAAGCCUUGCCUUGUUUGUUCUCUCGUGUGUCUGUUAUUAAUAGCCUCCUCUCUUGUUAGAGACAGAGAGAGAUAACUCAUUCAAUUCAAAGGUUUGUUCACCAAACAGACCAAAGAGGAGGCUUAUGGGGAAGAAGCUUGAUGCCUUGCUUGGAAGAACCUUCAAGCCCUCCAAGUUCAAAUCAAUCAUCAGUCUUGCCAUUUCUCGUCUGGCUGUUUUUAAGAACCAGCGUCAGGUUCUUUGCAACCAGGCUCGUUCCGACGUUGUGCAGCUCCUUGAACUUGGUCACCAUGAUCGAGCUCUUCUUAGAGUUGAGAAGGUGAUCAAGGAGCAAAAUAUGUUGGACGCGUUUAUUAUGCUGGAAGGGUAUUGUAAUCUUGUUGUUGAAAGAGUCCAUCUUAUUGAACAAGAGAGAGUAUGCCCUGACGAGCUCAAGGAGGCAAUAUCUGGCUUGCUCUUUGCAUCUUCAAGGUGUGGGGAUUUUCCCGAGGUUCAAGAGAUUCGUGCAGUUUUCAUGUCUCGCUAUGGCAAAGAAUUCGCUGCUCGUGCUAUUGAGUUGCGCAACAAUUGUGGAGUGAACACUAAGAUUAUACAAAAACUCUCAACCAGACAACCAGACUUGCAGAACAAAAGGAAUGUCCUCAAGGAGAUUGCUGCUGAGAAUGGCAUUGCUCUACAAGUUGAUGAAACCUCUUUUUCCAGUGAGGAUAAUUUGGAUGUAAGCAAGAAGCAAAGCCAGCCCCAGCUAGACAUAUCAGCAAAGUUAAGUGGCAAUGUAGGAGAUGAUGUUGAAUUCUCUGAUUCAACAAAAGCAAGGAAAAAGUACAGGGAUGUAGCUGAUGCUGCUCAAGCAGCCUUUGAGUCAGCUGCAUAUGCGGCAGCAGCAGCAAGAGCAGCUGUGGAACUCUCUCAGUCUGAUUCCCACGACCCUGAUCAUCAAAACAGUCCCAAUAGUAAACGAAAAGGUGUGUCUAACAGAAAUGAAUCAAAUUCUAAAGACAAGCAAACUCAUCAUGGUAAAGAAGAGGAGUUGAAUCAGAUCAAGAAGACACCAUACAUCAAGAUCUCUAGUCCUUCUUCAAGUGAAGGCUCAACAGAAGGAAACCUGGACCGUAGGACAAUGUCCUUGGAUGAAGUGGACCCAAUCAAGCUAUUGGAGAAGGAAGUAGUUAUCCCUGAAAGUGACGAUGAUAACUAUGAUUCCCCUGGUUUGAGUUUUGAUAUGAACACAAGGAAGCUUAAAGACAAGGUCAUAGAUACAGAUAUGGAUGAUGAGCACUCAGAAAAAACUGGACUGAUGUUUCACUACACAUCAGAUAAGCAAAUCCCUUCCAGCCUUCGUGCUGGCUUGAAGGUGGAGACUGGUGCCGAAAACACCAAAGAACAUGCCGCUGAAAGUUCUGGGAUGAGAAGUAAACGACAGUUUACCAUAAAUAAGGGGCCGUUUUCUUUGAGGACUAGACAAGUACGUGGGUACUGAGGAGCACAAGUAUAUUAAAUGAUUGUAGGUAAGUUUGGCGAGUUCCAACUAUACUGUUGGCUGAGUCUGUAAGUUGGUUUAGUUCUAUGAUUUUUCUUUUGUUAAUUGUCAUAAGAU